AUGCUUUCCCCUUCAAAGCUGAGUGCCAGUCAACAGGCGCAAUAUGAGAAUCCUUUUGCGUCUCAAUUAGACUCGACCUACGUGGAACCUGAUCUUGACUUGACCGGUCAGUCUACCACACGAGUCACUAGUCCACCCAACGACAAUGCCGCCAAUCCUUUUGCCAACGUCAUGGGCAACAUUGGUAGCUCUUUUGCCACUUCAUCUACCUCAACGCCACAACCUACCGCCAGUUAUACAGGCAUAGACACACUCGAAGAACCUGUUUCCGUUACCAUCCUUCGCGAUCUUUCCAAAGUUGCAAACAAGCUCAAGCAAGUGCUCCAUCCAAAAGGCGAUCGCAAAGUAUUAAAAGACUGGGAUCUCUGGGGUCCUUUGCUCUUGUGUCUUUCGUUGGCCAUCAUCUUGUGUGCCAAGGCUCCAAAGGAUCAAGCCGUCUCCAUCUUCACAGGCGUCUUUGUGAUUGUAUGGUUGGGCGCUGCUGUGGUCACGUUGAAUGCGAAAUUGCUCGGUGGUGCCGUAUCUUUUUUCCAGUCAGUGUGUGUUCUUGGCUACUGCUUGUUUCCACUGGUCGUGGCCGCCGUGAUUACCCUGUUUGUUGGCUUGAUUUGGGUUCGACUACCCAUGGCCAUUGUUACGUUUGGCUGGUCCACCUAUGCUUCGGUUGGCUUCUUAUCCGAUUCACAAGCGCACUUGAGCAAUCGUCGUUGGUUGGCCGUGUAUCCUCUUUGUCUAUUUUAUCUUGUUAUUUCAUGGCUCGUUCUGAUAUCGUGA